AUGGAAAACGAUAAAGGUCAAUUAGUUGAAUUAUACGUCCCAAGAAAAUGUUCUGCUACCAACAGAAUCAUUAAAGCCAAAGAUCACGCAUCAGUUCAAAUUUCUGUUGCUAAAGUUGACGAAAAUGGAAGAGCUAUUGCAGGCGAUAACAUCACAUAUGUUUUGAGCGGUUACGUUAGAGGCAGAGGUGAAGCUGAUGAUUCAUUAAACAGAUUAGCUCAACAAGAUGGUUUAUUGAAAAACGUUUGGUCAUACUCCCGUUAA